UCUGUUGUCAGCCAUUGCUGUUUCUAUGGGAGGCGGGACGCUUAAAAACAACAGUCGGUGUGAUAAAUAAGUUCCCGUUUUAAUCAUAAAACACGUUUUCCAACAUAAGACAUUUUAAACUUUGUCGUCUUUUCUUGCCACGAGGCUGUGAAAGUCAGGUGGUUAACCUGAAAUAACCGAAUUUGUCACCUUGCUUUGUCCAGCUGUCAUCGCUUAUCCGUUAAUUCUACACUUGAGCGUCUGAGCUCCUAUCCUGCCGCUUGACUGCUACAUUUCCAUCUUUGAAGAACAGUCUUCUUAUCUCACAUGACAAGUCGGUAGGACUUUUGGACUGGAGCUUUGUCGAGAUGCCACCUAAGAAGCCAAGAGACGCCACGGCAAACAUCUCCAGCUCCAUCGAGUCUGAGGACAUCAGUUUGGAGACAACAGUCCCCACAGAGGACAUAUCGUCUUCGGAUGAGAAAGAUGGAGCAGGGAAGGUGACAAAACAGCUCCUGGAAAGAAAAGAGCUGCUUCAUACCCUUCAAAAACUGAAGAUAGAGCUGUCACAGAAAAAUCUGCUCAUCGACAACCUCAAAGUGGACCACCUCACCAAGAUAGAAGAGCUGGAGGAAAGGCUGAACGAUGCUCUCCAUCAGAAGCAGGUGCUUGCUCUGCGUCUGGACAGCCAGCUCAAACUACAGCAGGAUGAAAACAGGAAGCAGCAAGCCUUGAGGAAGCAGGAAAUGGACACCAUCAUGCUCAGACAGAAGCAGCUGGAAGAGACAAACCAUCAGCUGUGUGAUCGAGCAGGUGAUCUCCGCAGGAGCCUGAGGGACGUGGAGCUGUCUGAGGAGAAGUACACUGAGCUGAAGGAAAUGCCUGAGGACAAACUCACCAUCCCUGAAUAUGUGGCAAUUCGGUUCUACGAGGUUGUGAACCCUCUGAGAGCUCUUGUGACUGAGCUGCAAGUGAAAAAGACUAACCUGAACGAGGAUCUGGACAGUCAUCGUAACCAAAUUAGAUCACUAAUGGAGAGCUAUGAGGAAGAGAGGAGAGCACGCUCAGAGCUGGAAAUCCGCUGUCAGAGACUCACCCUGGAACUUGCUGACACCAAGCAGCUUAUUCAGGAAGGAGACUACAAACGAGAGAACUAUGACAAAAUCAAACGAGAGAGAGAUGGGUGUGAAACGGAGUUGAGAGAGUUGAGGAAGAAGUUGGAAAUGCUGGACCUCACACACACUGCCCUGACAAAAGAGAGGAAUGACCUAAAUAAGGAAGUGGCCACUCUGCAGCAGUCUGUAACAUUGAUGCAGAAGGACAAAGAAUAUUUAAACAGGCAGAACAUGGAGCUUAAUGUGCGCUGUGCUCAUCAAGAAGACCGUCUGGACAGACUGCAGACCCAGCUUGAAGACACUAAAAAGGCCAGGGAAGAUGCCUAUGAAAAAUAUGUUGCUUCUAGAGAUCACUAUAAGACAGAGUAUGAAAACAAACUGCGUGAUGAACUGGAGCGCAUUCGAAUGAAGACCAGUCAUGAAAUCGAGAGCCUGCAGAGAGCAUCUAAAGAGAUGUAUGAGAGAGAGAACAGAAACCUUCGUGAAUCCCGAGAUAAUGCUGUCAUUGAGAAAGACAGGGCACUGAAUGCAGAACGAGAUGCCCAAGCCAAAUAUGAUCAACUCUUAGACCAGUUUAGGCAGUUGCAGCUGAGUUCAGACAGCAGGGUGGCAGAACUGCUUAACCAGGUGAAGCUGAAAAAGUUUGAGUUGGAGCGUUCCCAGAUGGUCCAGGAGGAGAUGGCCAGGAACCUCAGCCUUUGUCAAAUUGAGUGUGAGAAACACCAGAAAAAACUGGAGGUUCUAACAAAAGAGUUUUAUGGGCUACAAACAUCAUCACAGAAACGUAUCACUGAAUUGCAAGCCCAGAAUUCUGAACAGCAAGCUCGACUGGAGACAUAUGAGCGGUUGGAAAAGGAGCUGGACGAUGUUACCAUGCAGGCUGCAGAGAUGGAAAAUGAAGAUGAGGCAGAGAGGGUACUGUUUUCAUAUGGUUAUGGUGCCAACAUUCCAACAACUGCCAAGAGAAGACUGAAACAAAGUGUUCACUUGGCACGCAGGGUUCUGCAGCUGGAGAAACAGAACACACUGCUUAGGAGAGACCUGGAAAGACAGACGACGCACAGCAGUCAGAUCUCUGAAGAGUUGGAUGCGGCAAAUCAGCUUCUUCAGCAGGCACAGCAGCCUCACAGCUACCUGAUUGAGACCAUACGACAAAGAGACACUCAGAUCCAAACGCUGAAAGACCGUCUCACGCGAUUAGAAGAGGAAGUAAGGUAA